CCGCCGACAGUCAAACUGUACACAAAGUUUCCCGGGAGGAGGAGAGGCUGUGAGGGGGAGUGUGAGGGUUAGCGACUCACCAACCGGUGAAGCAAAUAGCUUCUCAAAAGCCCUCCUCAUGAAGCCACUGCCUCGGGCGCCAGCUGUGCUCAGCUCAGCUUUGUAUCCGGUUGCUGGUCGUCUAUUUUGGCUCCAUCAAAAGUGAGGCCGUUGGGAAAAAAGGCUGGGUGCUGACAGCGGGUAGCUUCUGUGUGAACUGAAAUCUUGUUGCUGGUGCUGCUGUGUUUGUGGGAUAACGGAGGUGUGAGUAGAGGCCUCAGGCUGAGGGGAGGCCUGGGCUCGCGGGCCUGCGCGCGCCCAUGGCCUCUCAAAGUGGUGGCUCUCAGUACGCCCUGACCGCCCUGGGGGUGGGGCUGCUCGCCCUGGGCAUUGUCAUGAUGGUGUGGAGUGUGAUGCCGGGUUUUGGCAAUGGCUCAGGCAAUGACAGUAAUCAAGGAACCGGCAACGACAGCUCCUCUGCCACUGAGCAGUCCAAGGGCAAAAUCUCACAGGUUUCCUACCUGCUGUGUGCUGGUGGUGUGCUACUGCUCCUGCUCUCCAUCUGCCUGAGCGUCUGGGAGAAGAAGCGACGUCAAAACCAGCCCAAUGCCGACAGCCAGGUCAACCAGACAGCCGUGUUACCCCAUCGGGUGGACGAGGAGCCCAGUAACUUGAGCGUGCCCAGUUAUGCCGAGGUCAUGCAGUCGGAGCCGGCGCAGGGGACGGAAGGUGCUGGAAUGAAUCCGGGGGAUCUGUCCUCCACGACACUGCCAUCUUACGAGUCUCUGGUGGAGCCAGAGGAGGUGGGGGCGGGGGCUGGGGCCGGAGUGGUGGUCCGUCCGGGGCCGAGUGCAGACCCUGGAACCUCCCAGCAGCUGCGCGAGAGGCCAAGCUUCCGAAACGGCAAACUCUUCAGCUCCAAGAAAGUGCGGCGGAUCCUGUCGGACAAAACCCACCUGAAAGAUUUCAGGAUUAAACUGAGCAGCGGUGGCUCAGGGGCAGGGGCUGGGGGCAGGGCUGUGACCAUCGAGCCCCUCACCCCACCUCCCGAGUAUGAGGAAGGGCAGGGCAGCUGUUUCGGGGGGGCUCAGGCAGUGUGAACCCCCUUGGUGAGGACCAGAGAUGCAACAGACGUCUGGACAAACAAUCACAAUGGGACCAAGUGCAACAUCACCUCCAGGGGCAGCUUCGCUCUCACCCGACAAUUAACACCUGCUCUGAACAACUGACGUUUACUCUCUCACUGUCUCACUCUCUCUCACUCACUUUCUCUCACUGUCUCACUC